AUGCCUUCCCCAUCGAACAGCCCCCGCCGCUCCCAGUCGCCCGACAACCAGCCUCCGAGCCCCCGCCUCCAGCGCGAAGACAGCACGGUCGGCGCACCCGGCGCACCCGCCGAACGUGACGAAGCCAGGCUCACCGCCAUCGCGAACCGAGUACUGGGCGCAUUCGACCCAAAUGACUUCUUCGGAUCCAUGGCGACCGCAUUCGAAAGGAUGAGAGACGCCUCCGGUGGCGACCCUGCCACGUUCAGGGCAAUUGGUCGCCACGCUAUUGCCGAGAUUAAUCGGAGGCGCAAUCCGGAGGAUGGAAUUCUCGAUCCUGCCCCGCCCUACACGGCGCUACCUAAGGAGGGGGAGGUCACGGUUGAGUUGUCGGUUGUGGAGCCGGAGUACACCCCGCGCUACACUCGGUACCCGCAAGGUCGGAAGAGGAAGAGGGAGGAGGACGAUAACGAAGAGGACGACGAGAAGGGGGAGGACGAGGAGGAGGAGCAGAACCACGAGGAGCAGGGAAACGAGGAAGAGGACAACGAGGAAGAGGACAAAGAGGAGGAGAAUGACUCCGAUUAG